AUGUCAAACCUGGCGGGAAACAGCCGAAAAUGCGGCCUGGUUGGUUUACGAAUAGCGGGAAACGUAUCGANNNNUAAGCACUUCCGAUUACCCAGGAAGUACUUACGUUACUCUAGUAAGGUCCUUACCAUGCAAGAGAUUGUCGAAAGCAUCGGGGGUCAGCGCCUGUAG